AAGAUAAAUGAUGAUUUGAUGAAGUCUUUAACCAUGCUUUUCGUUUGGAAUGAGAAGACUCAGGUGAAGGCAUUCCUCAAGGCUCGAGCGAGCUUCCAGGGCAAACCCUAUUUAUAGCCAUUGCAAUAGGAGAGAUGAUUUGGUCAAAUUAUAUGAUUAUAUCUUUAUUGCAUGAUAAUCCCACUAGUAUAUAUAUAUAGAGAAGAGCUAGCUAUUAUUCUUCUUAUAUUAUAAGCAAAGAUGAAGAGCCUGAUACUAUUUGUCUUCCUUCUCAUCUUACCAGCUGAAGCUUUCCGUCCAACCCUUCUGCUCGGCAAUUUGAUAGAGAGAACUUGCAGGCAAACACCAUUCUAUGAUCUUUGCGUUUGGUCUCUGAAAACGAAUCCUGAAAGCCGCAAUGCAGACGUCAAGAAGCUAGCUCGAAUCAUGGUGGAUUCAGUACUCAAGAACAAAGCAAGCGACACUCUUGAUCUCAUCGACGAGCUCCUCCAGGAUGGGUUUACACUAGACCCUGCACUGCACAAGGCCUUGUCUUCUUGUGCUGAACGGUACAGUGUUAUCAUAGGAGGAGAUGUGCCAGAGAUCAUUGAAGCUCUCGAGACAGGUGAUUAUAAGUUCGCUGAGAGAGGCACCAAUGACGCAGCUAUGGAGGCGAAUUCUUGUGAAGUGGAAUUUCCAGGGAAAUCUCCAUUAACCCAUAUGAAUAAGGUGGUGCAUGAUGUAUCUGUCGUGGCUGCAUCUAUUGUCAAAAUAAUACUCCAUAGCCAAUGAGAAAUUGUGUAAAAUCAGGUUGUUUAUGGGAUGAUCGUGGGGUAGACAACAGCAAGUUCUAUCCCAGGUGCAACCUUUUGUAGAAGAGCUGACUGAUUGUAUACGCAGUGGCACUAAGGAGGAAGUCUGUUUCCUUUGCCGUGUCCUACUGCAGCACUACCUUUUGAAGGGUAGUGUUUUGUAUUAUCAUUUUCAGAAAUGAACCGACAGACGAGCAUUA